AUUACAAAUACUGCGCUCAACAUCCAGAUGUAAGAGGAAACAUCUGUUGCAUACCAAUUCUGUCGGGUUUUUCGAUCUCAGCUUCUCUCAAUAACCCUUUUUGCUGCUCAUGUGAGAAGUGAUUCAGAUGCAUGACUCAGAUCCACUUCCUUUAUUUAGCGUAUUACGUUGUAGGGAUCCUCAUCAGCACAACAUGCACUUCGAACAGUGAAGAUAUCUCCUUUAAAUUCACAGAAGAACUUCGCGAUUGCCAAAGAAGAUACAGGAUGGGUGGUGUUUGUUGUUGACACUUGACAGAUAUGAACUGAUAACACAAGCAAUGUGGAAUGCAUUCAUUUUCCUGUACCUGUAAAGUAAAAUUCAAAGUAGCAAAUAAAUAAAUUCCUGGAACAGACACCUCCUAAGUAGGCAGAAUGGUUUAUCACUGGCAGUCCCACAAUGUUAAGCUUUCAGGAGUGGAUGAUAUGGUGUUACUGCCGAAAAUUACAGAAGAUUCUAUUGUGGAAAACCUGAAGAAACGUUAUAUGGAUGAUUACAUCUUUACAUGCAUUGGCCCAGUUCUUGUGUCAGUUAAUCCAUUCAAACAGAUGCCAUAUUUUGGAGAGAAAGAAAUAGAGAUGUAUCAGGGAGCAGCACCGUAUGAAAACCCGCCACAUAUCUAUGCAUUAGCUGAUGAGAUGUACAGAAACAUGUUAAUAGAUAAUGAAAAUCAGUGCGUAAUAAUCAGUGGAGAAUCUGGUGCUGGGAAGACCGUUGCUGCCAAGUACAUUAUGUCCUACAUUGCCCGUGUAUCAGGUGGUGGCCAGCGUGUGCAGCACAUAAAAGAUGUCAUUCUUGAAUCAAAUCCCCUCCUUGAAGCCUUUGGCAAUGCUAAAACUGUCCGCAAUAACAACUCUAGCAGAUUUGGAAAGUACGUAGAAAUUUUAUUUGGAAAUGGUGGCCAACCUGAAGGUGGACGUAUAUCUAACUUCUUACUUGAAAAGUCCAGAGUGACUACUCAGAAUGCUGGCGAAAGGAAUUUUCACAUUUUUUAUCAGCUGUGUACUGGGGCUUCAAACAAUAUGAAACGUGAUUUUGGACUGGAAUCAUUAGACUACUACACAUACCUCAGCUAUGGUGGGAACCAUAAAGUUGAUGGAACGAAUGAUGCUCAUGAUUUCCAGGAAACCUUGAAAGCAAUGAGUGUAAUGGGCAUGGCAGAAAACCUCCAGACUGAUGUUUUUCGUGUUGUGGCUGGUGUUCUUCAUCUAGGGAAUAUUAUGUUUGAAGAACGAGGGAAUUAUGCACAAGUUUCUGAUAACAGAUAUCUUGAUUUCCCUGCCUACCUGUUCCAGGUAGAUCAAGGACAUCUAAAUAACAAGUUAAUAAGCCGACGCUUUGAUAGCAAGUGGGGCAGUCAGUCAGAUACCAUUGAUGUUACGUUGAAUGUGGAGCAGGCUGUGUAUACUAGAAAUGCUUUAGCCAAAGGUGUAUAUGCAAGGCUGUUUGAUUUUCUAGUCAAGUGCGUGAAUAGUGCAAUGGAAACAACUGUCAUGGGCCAGAGUAUAGGAAUAUUAGAUAUAUAUGGAUUUGAGAUCUUCGAACGAAAUGGGUUUGAGCAGUUUUGCAUCAAUUUUGUGAAUGAGAAACUACAACAGAUUUUCAUCGAGUUAACAUUGAAGGCUGAACAGGAGGAGUACAUGUCUGAGAACAUACAGUGGACGCCCAUAGACUACUUUAAUAACAAAGUAGUGUGUGAUUUAAUAGAAAGUAAACGGCCACCUGGACUAUUUUCUGUUAUGGAUGAUGUGUGUGCAACAAUGCAUGCUGUAUCAGAAGGUGUGGAUCAAGAUUUGCAAAAGAAAUUAACAAAUGCAUCUGCAGGACACCAACACUACCAGUCCUGCAAAGAAGGCUUCAUUAUUCAUCACUAUGCUGGAAUUGUUAGCUACAGCAUUGAAGGCUUUUGUGAUCGCAAUAGAGAUGUCCUAUUUCCUGACUUAAUCGAGCUGAUGCAGUCAAGUAAAAAUGAAUUUUUGCGUAGCUUGUUUCCCGACCAGAUAAGUACUAGUGCCAAGUCCCGACCAACAACAGCUGGGAGCAAGAUUAGAGCACAAGCAAAUGCAUUAGUUGAUGAACUGAAAAAAUGCACACCACAUUAUAUCAGAUGUAUAAAACCAAAUGAAACCAAACGACCGCGAGAUUGGGAGGAGCUGAGAGUAAAACAUCAGGUGGAAUAUCUUGGACUGAAAGAAAAUAUACGUGUCAGGCGUGCUGGUUUUGCUUAUCGGCGACCGUUCAGAAAAUUUCUGAACAGGUAUGCAAUAUUGACCAAAGAAACAUGGCCACAUUGGAAAGGUGAUGAGAAACAGGGUGUUGAGGUAAUCAUGAGGAGUGUCAACAUGGAGAGAAACCAAUAUCAGCUGGGUAUUAGUAAAGUUUUCAUCAAAGCUCCUGAAUCACUAUUUAUGCUGGAAGAACUUAGAGAGAGAAGGUACAAUCAGUAUGCAAGGGUUAUCCAGAAGGCAUUUAAGAAAUAUUUUGCCCGUAGACAGAAUGAGAAACAGAAAAAUGAAGCUGCAGAAUUAGUUUUUGGAAAGAAGGAAAGGAGACGUUAUUCACUGAAUAGGAAUUUUGUGGGUGAUUAUAUUGGAUUGGACCUACGACCUUCUCUACAGAAUCUUGUUGGUCGUAGAGAAAAAGCGGCAUUCGCUGAAGUGGUUAAGAAAUAUGACAGGAGGUUUAAGCCGGUACGUCGUGAUCUGGUACUGACAUCACAUUCAUUAUUUCUUAUUGGAAGAGAGCAAGUGAAAAAGGGUCCAAACAAAGGAAAAUAUGUUGAAAUUAUCAAACGGAAGCUCAACUUGGAAAAUAUAAGUCAUGUUUCACUUAGUACUUUUCAGGAUGAUUUUAUAAUUAUUCAUAUGAAAGAGGAGUAUGACAGCUUUUUGGAAAUGGUGUUCAAAACUGAAUUUUUAACUACUUUGAACAAAAAGUUUCAAGCCCAUUUAGCACGAAACUUGCACAUAAAAUUUUCAAAUCUCCUCGAAUUUAAAGUGAAGAAGGAAGGAUGGGGUGGAGGCGGUGUUCGACAGGUGAAAUUUGUGUCAGCAGCUGUAGGUGACAUGGCAGUACUAAAACCUUCAGGAAAGACACUUACAGUGCUCAUAGGUCAUGGUUUACCAAGUAACACAAAACCAGAUGUACGGCAUUCGGUGAUGGUACAAGGUCAUCGAAAUUUACCUUCAAGAAUGCCUACAAAACCACCGCCUAAUUACCCUGCACCAGCCCUGCCUGCAUCAGCAACACCAGCAACUAAGCGGCAAGCUCCGGCACGGCCUCCUGCGCCUACCCCAGCACCUUCUCAAGCCGCUACACCCAUACGUGCACCUUUUCCUCUUCCUGUGUCAUCAGCCGCACAGAAAGUACCUCAAAAUGCACAACAGACACGCCGGGCACAGAUCAGACCACCUCCACCACCAAGUGAGCCGGCUCCCCCAGACCAACCUGUUGUGCGUCCAGGCUCGAGACUGCAAGCUGUCAGUAAAACAGCUGCUGCGAAAACUAAUCAAGCAGGUGGAGUGAGGGUGUUCCCAGGUGCUGGUCAGCUGAAACAAGAGGUGAAAAGUCCUGUACCAAAUGAAAAUGCUAGUUUCAUGAGAACACCAGAAGCUGGAGUUGCUGGCCAGAAGAGAGCCUCAGUUAAGCCUGUCCCUGGUGGGGGGAAGCCAAAACCACCAGCCAAACCCAAGAAGCAAGUAAAAGCAAUGUAUGAUUAUUCAGCACAGGAUUUAGACGAGUUGUCAUUCCAGGAAGGUGACAUCAUUGAAGUAAUUAAAGAAUUUGAUGGAGGUUGGUGGCUGGGGCGGCUGGGAGAACUCCAAGGACUGUUCCCUGCUAAUUAUGUUGAAAAAAUGUGAUGUUUGACUGUUGGUUAGUAUUAACACAUGCAAGCUGAAUACUGAGUAACAAUUUUCCCUGCUGCUUGGAAAAAUAUUAGUGUUAUGCACUGUUGUGAUCAUGUGAAAGUCAUUAUCUUGGUGGUAUGCAAAGUAAUUGACAUUUAUUGUGAUGAUAUAUUAGGCAUGUGAAUGAUUUUUGAAUGUGGGACUCUUCACAGUAGCUAAAUAGUAUUAAAAUUUUAUUCAGUAUGUUUGUCCCAACGGGAGUUGUUUUCAGCAGGCGAACAGGCAAUUGUGUUUACUGUCUACAGGAACAUUAUCAAUCACUGCCAUUUUAUGUAAGAUUUAUUCAGUAUUCUAGUUAAGAAUUCCAGUGAAAAUGGAUAGUAAUAAUACAAUCUAAUGUUUGUAACAUUGGAAAACAGCAAAAUUUUUUCUGUGAUGAUGAAUGUUUACAAAAAUGAGAACAUUUUCUGAUUAUCAGAAGCUGUUCAUAAAAAGAUAUAAAAAAGUGUGAUUCUGAUUAUAGCUCAUCAUUACAACUUUUGGUAAUAGUAAUAAUACAAUCUAAUGUUUGUAACAUUGGAAAAUAGCAAAAUUUUUUCUGUGAUGAUGAAUGUUUACAAAAAUGAGAACAUUUUCUGAUUAUCAGAAGCUGUUCAUAAAAAGAUAUAAAAAAGUCUGAUUCUGAUUAUAGCUCAUCAUUACAACUUUUGGUAAUUUCAUCUCUUUACACCCACUGGAUGUGUUUCCUGUGGCUGAACAAAUAAGUAUAUCUGACUGCAGCAAUCAUUUAGGAUCUUGUGAAAUCUAAGCAUUAUGCACAGUUUAAUUAGUAAAACAUAUUCAGUUGUGUAACACAGAUUGAAUAUGGCUUAGUGUGUUACAUCACACUUAUUUGGUAACAACAGGUUGUGAUUAUUGACUGUGAUGAUCUUCCUUCUUCCUAUUCCUCCUCCUCCUCCCACUCUCUCUGCCUCCCCCCUGCCCCCCCUUUUUUUGAAGGAGUAUACAUGAACAUUCCUUCUCCGCAUUUGCCUGUUCUGCCAAAUGCCAUUCAUAAGAAGAAGCAUUCAUGCACAUGCCUAAUGCUCAAGUUUUGAAGGGUGUGGAAAAUAUAUUUUAUACACAUAUGUUGUUCUUUCUUUCAGCUAUACCUUAGCUGAAAUCAGAAAGUGAUAAAUUGUGGCUGUUUUCCUUGUAGGUAUGUUGAUAAUGUGAUACAGUAUAUGUGUUUUAAAAAUUAUAUUUUAAACUGCAAAUAAUUAUGUCUUUAACAUAUUGCUAAAGAUUGUAGGUUCCAUUUUAUACACAGUGUGGUUAUUCACAUGCAUUGAGUACAAAGGAAGUACUUGUAGAACAUAUUAAUGUUGUCCAUAUUUUCAGAGUUAGUUGAAUUUGUGAUUAUAUUGUUUUUUACAUGUUGUAUAGAAUGUUUCAUUGUAUUCAUCAAAGAAGCUGUCACAGCAACAUAUGCAAGAGCUUCAACAAGUACCAAAAAGAAAGUGAGAUGUUUGUAUACAAUUAUUGUUAGAUUUUUGUAUAAAGCUGUUAUCUGUUAUGUGAAAGGAUAAAGGAUUUGUAGCAAAAAGAUGUAGGCUAAAAUAAUCAGAAAAAGUAUGUGUGUGUAUGUGUGUGUGUGUGUGUGUGAGAGAGAGAGAGAGAGAGAGAGAGAGAGAGAGAUAUGAGGUGGGGGAGUUUAUACUUUACCUUUUUGGGUAUGAAAUUUGUAACUGAAAAAUGACUGACGAAAAAUUUCCAGUUUCUCUCCUCUCUGAAGUUGGUAUUUACUUAUCAAAAGUAUGGUAUUUUAUCCUCAAGGUAUCUGUUUUCCUAUCCAAAUGCUAGGAAUUUUACACUCCUUAUUUUCAGAUGGAAUGUUUAAACAAUAAGGUCAUGAAUAUUUGUGUAAUUUUUGUACGUCUGAACUUAACUUAUUUUUUAUUUUUAAAGUAUGGCAUCAGAAACACAGUUGUGCUUUUAUUGUGACUUCAUUCUUAUUUUUUUAUUAGUAGUUUUGUCUGUUCCACAAAACUGUGUUUAUAUUGAAUGUGCUGAGAAAAGACAUUAUUGCCAUAUUCAUUAUUUAUUAAAUUAUUUCAUAAGUGCUUUAUGUGUCUCUCCAAAGUAUUACCUGUAUGUGUCACUCUGGUACUGUUUGUGAAAUUUCCAUCCUAGUUUUGUAUAUAACCUGGCUACUUUUAUAUGUGUUACAUUUACUUGUAUUUACAUUUGUUUGAAUGUUAUCAGUAAUGCAAGGUACUGGGGUAUCAUUCAUCAGUGCAGACAGAAAUUAACCGUGUGUGUGUGUGUGUGUGUGUGUGUGUGUGAGAGAGAGAGAGAGAGAGAGAGAGAGAGAGAGAGAGAGAGAGAGAGAGAUUGAAAUGGGGAAAGGGGCAAGACAGAUAAUCAUUUUCAUUAUAAUGAUAAUGGACUAAUUGCAUAGAAAUGUUUGCACUCCGCACCUAUGCGAGAUAAAGGGAAAAUUUAGUUAGUAUCCCAAUUUGAUAUAUUGUCCUGUAUCACCGUAGUUCCUUUUCCUCAUCUUCUGUUGUUUAAUAACUUCCUGUUCUCUCUCUUCCUAUUUGGUCUUUCGUUUAUGUCUGAUUCAUUGUACUCCUGCCUAUGGCAAGCUUCUUUAUUUUUAUUUCUGGUACUAGAGAGCAGAAACAUACCACACUUCUUUUUGAUAAACCGUUUGUAAAUAUUUGUGCUCUGCUGAUCUCAGAGUGUUCUUACUCUCUUUUUAAAAACAAUUUAAUGAAAGUUCCUGUGUCUCACAAAUCUUUGCUAUGUGCCAAUGUAUUUAUUGGUUCUGUGUUAAAAUUGCCGUCUGUCUUGUUUUAGCUGUAAUUCUUAUAUUAGAAAGUAGUCUUGUGUUAAUUCCAAGAAAUUUUACAGUACAGACGAAUAUUCAUAGUUCUCUGUCUGUGUGUAAACAAAGCAGUUGUUCAUGUUUUAGUAGCAGAAGUCCAUGUAUUUCUCUCUUUGUUUCUAGUUGAUUUUUGAGUCAUUCAUGUGGCAUAUUUUGUAACAUUAAUGUCACAGCUUUAAGUUAAACUUUCAUAUUUCAUCGUGUUAUAUUUUACAGUUAUUUUAUGUUUUUGUCAGAAUUAGGAUCACAUGCCACAAUGAGUUCAUUUAUAGUAAAAAUAAAAUAAAAUUCAGGAUAAACACUGUGCCUUUAAGACAAUCAGUUGUGUGAAGUUUUGGAAAUUCAUAUGACAAUUAGCUUGUUUUACAUAGUAGAUAUACUGUCCACCUGUGUACCCUGCCAGAUUUGCUCACGAGAACAGUAUAUUUAAGAGUAGGUUUAUAUGAAUGAAAUAAAAUGUUUAUUACAGACCCAUAAUGUCUAAUGUAUUGUUGUGCUUAUUUUCCAUGUAAUAACUCACUUUUAUUUCAUAAUUGUUGUUGAGUAGGUUAGAGCAAGUUAUCACACAGUACUGCAGCUGUCACUUUUGAAGUUGAAGAGUUUUGUUGUGCCAAGAUUGGAUGUUGUGUUACCAUAAUUGAAAAAAAAAAGUGCAGUUGAAACAGUUUUCUACAACAUAAACAACUAAUUUGUAAAAAUGAAGAAAUAUACAAUAAAUAAUAAGAAAGAAAUUUUAAAAUUGUGUUAUAUAAUUCGUACAUAUUAUAAAAAUGGAUAUUAUGAUUUUGUGUGUGUGUGUGUGUGUGUGUGUGUGUGUGUGUGUGUGUGUGUGUGUGUGUGUGUGGUUUUGAGAGCCCAAUAAUGCCAAGAAUGGCGAGUGAAGAUGGCAAAGCACAUUAACCAGUUCAUUAAGUGUGCCACGCGUGUGCGGUGUAUGAUUUUCAACCAAACUUGGUACAAAUACUCCUUAAGCCAUCCUCACAUAGUACGAGGCAGCUAAAAUUGACAUGGAUGUGGAAAGGACAUCCCACCUCACAACAGACUGUGCCAUCAGUACACAGGAUGAGCUGGUUAGUGUGCUUUGCACUCUCAGUGCUCUCCAGUGACCAGUGGCUUUAUUGGCACAAAACAGCUGUGUUAACUCUGUUAGAGGUUGUCAAGAAGAACAGAGGAAAUCACGAAGAAGAUUUUCGACCCAUCAUUGGUGUGGAAAGAAAGUGCUGGUAGGGUAAACCUACAUAAUGUUCUAUAAUAAUCUGAGACACACAUGAGUAGAAGCUAUUCAUUAACUCAAUUGAAUUUUCAUUGUACUUUAAAUUUUAAAUUAAAUGUAGUCAAGGUAUAAUGCCUAAUUUGCACAUGCAUAAUAUUCAUUUUGUCGAUGUUGCAUUAACUACCAACACGCUGAAAUAAUGUAUUUCAUCCCAUAGAUUUGAAAAUCAAGAUUUGUUUCAUAAUUUC